AUGUACGCCGACUCGCCGAGACGGUCCAGUCGCCGCCGUCCCGAUCUCAACAUCGACACUUCCCCUCCCGUCGCCUUUUCGACCAGGCCCUCCGCAGUCGCCGUCGCCUCUCGAGAAUCAGCUGCCGCUGCUGCCGCUCCCCCCGUCCCGCAAACGCCCCCAAGCAACAGGAACAGACCGCCGCCGCCCUCUUCCUCCUCGUCCGUCGCCAAGGGCAAGUCUAGUUCCCGGGCAUUGAGAGGCCCGGCUCUCUCCCGUCAUGCCGACGACUCCCUUCUAGAUACCCCCGAAUCCCCCGACAGCUUCGACAUGUCGGCGAACAAAGAAAACGAUAACCCUGAUCUGCCCCGUCCGCGCGAUUCCCACGACCUGUCCCUGUCCCCGCGGAACGUCACACGCGACUCCCUAAUGGCCAACAUGCUCAUUUCCCUCGACCAAUUCACCAUGGCCGGUCCUGUCGGCGGUCCGUUCGUCACCGGCGCCCCAGACAUGCUCGACGAGCCGCCCCAGCAGUACCAGUACGAUACCGACGGCGACGGCUUCUCUAGGUCGGUGCGAGGCGGUCGUGCCAAUGGCCACUCGUACUCGUACAGCUCCGAUUUCGACGCCGACGACGCGAGUAGGAUAUCCUCGCGAGGGCGGAGGAGCAACAGCAGCUCCAACUUCCAGCCCGGCCUGCAUCGCAUCAGCAGCAUGCGCGAACCGCUGCGAAGCACCCCCGGCACCUCGCGCCACAUGCACUCCCGAGGACGCAAGGGGAGCGCAAAAAGCAGCAGCUCCAACAGUAUCGAUGCCGGAUACGCCCAGGUCCUCAGUAGUACGAGGUGGGCGUCGGGCUUUGGUGGUCGAUCUUCGAGCUUCGACUACGGCCACCGCCCACCCGCCUUGCAGGCCACCACACAACAACAGCAACAGCAAGCAGGAGGUGCCCCGUGGCACAUAGAGUUCUCCAACAACUUCUUCGCCGACAACUACGACGCGGCCCCGACGCCCACCGUGCCUGGCGGGCCUCGACGCAUGAUGCCACCCGUAACGCCCCCGGCGGCCACGAAUUACCCACCGUCGCCUGGGCCCGCCGCUGUUCCCUUGCCUGCGGUGGAGCCCAUCGAACCGCUGCCGCCCGUCACCCUCGAACGCAAGCGCUCGAACCGAUCCGCCAAAAGCACCUCGACAAACCACCACCACCACCACCACCACCGCAAAGCGGAAAACAAUCCCAACAACCCUCACCACGAGGUGCCGCCGCCGCCGUUGCCAAUGCCGGGUCCAGCAGUGCCUGCGCCGUCGACGGCCGCAGCCUCCGCCGCCUCCUCUUCGCCAGCACCAUCUUCCGUCCCCGCGUUCGAGGUCGAUUCCGCACCCGCGCCACACGUGGGCUACGGCAAGACAAAGGAGGCGGUGCACGGAGCUCAAGUUCCGACACAAGCACCGUCGCAAACAAAAGAAAAACCGGGGUUUUUCAGGCGAGUCUUCGGCUCGUCCAGAAACAAUGCCUCGAGCAAUCAGUCCGAGACGCAAAAUUCCACGGCCGUAUCCGUACCGUCGUCAACAUCUGUUGUCGACACGGCUGACCAGAGGUCCGGGAACAAAUCUCUACACGUUGCCAGCCAGAUGAAGUCCUCCGGCUCCGCCCCUCCCUCACGGGACACGUCUUCGUCCCAUUCCCAUCAUCACGUGCUGCAAAAGAAGCCGAGCUCCUUCUUCCGUCGCAGGAAGAAGUCCGUGUCCGCCGACGACGUCCCUCCCAUGCCCGCUGCCGCCCCCAUCGAGCCUCCAAUGCCCCCCUUGGUUCCCCCGAUUCAGCUGUCCGUCCCCAAGGACAAGCUUUCUGCGAAACCCGAACCCAGCCCAAUCAGCAGCCUGAGGAGGGUCAUGAACCCAUACCUAAAAGGCAGCCCGGUGACGCCAAACACACCUCUGUCACCUCACUCCGCCGGCGCCGCCCCUGUGCAACAAUCCGCCAACCCUGAAAUGGCCUCCGAUUCCGCCCCGGCUUCGCGCAACGAAGCACCCGAGGAGCAGCCGCGCUCCUUUUCGCCCGACUACGACCCAAGCCCCAAUGCACGCAUACGAGAAGUCCGGUCUGCUUCGCGCGGCGGUGAUGGUGACGAUGACAGUGACGGCGAUGACGACUCGCAGCCCGAAUACGAACGCCGUACCGACACGCCCACUCGCCCGCCUCCAGAGCCUCCCGUGUCGGCAGAAAAGAGGAACAACUCCUUCCUCGACAUUGAUGGCAGUGACAACGAAGCAGACACCGAGUCGAGACGGGGCAAUAAGACGAGAAGGGAGAAGGGGGCGAGAUCUGGCAGGAAGAUCAUCAAAGACUCGUCUCCCUCGCGGAAAGGCGCUUCAGACGGGACCGACGAUACCAUCAGAGGCAGGAAGAACAAGAACAACAACGGCAGAUUGGCCGUCGCCCAAGCAGACUCCGAUGACGAAGGCAAUCGGCCAGCGCUAAUCCUGCCGAUUGAGGGUACUAGGUCUGCCAGCAGGGCGUCGGGAUCGACCACGACUGAAUACAAGUCUGCGAUAAGUGGAACCCCCAGUGUGAGGAUCGAAGCCUCGGCCAACAACAGCCCCAAGGUCCUCGGCACCUUCGAGUCCAUGAGCUCCAAGCCCCUCGAUGAGCCCGACUUUGUCGUCGGAGACCCGACGGAGGAUGACCGCCAAAAGGCCAAAAAGAUAUUUGACGGUAACGAGGACUUUAUCCAGAAGCAGAAGGCCGCUGCGUGGAUGGGCGAGGAGGGCCCCGUCCGGCAGAGAACUCUGCAAGCGUACAUGGACCUUUAUGACUUUACCAACAAGAGCAUCUUGCAGAGUCUCCGGUUGAUAUGCCAACGUCUGGUCUUCCGAGCCGAGACGCAGCAGGUGGAUCGCAUUUUGGUUGCCUUUUCCAAGCGUUGGUGUGAUUGCAACGCCAACCACGGAUUCAAGGCAUCCGAUGUUAUCCACACAAUCUGCUAUUCGAUCAUGCUGCUCAACACUGAUUUGCACCUGGCUGACAUCGAACAAAAGAUGACGCGGAGCCAGUUCGUCAAGAACACUAUGACCACCAUCGUCCAGGCGGUGGCGGAGGCAGUCCCCGAUGCGUUUGAGCGGCCGACCAUCCUGCCAGGCAAGUCCAACAGCGCUCUCGGAGGCGACGAUUCCAGAACAUCCAUCGAGGAGCGGUUCACGUCACGUCGAUUGUCAUUCCGACCUCCGCCGAGGCACGAGGGAGACGGGUCCGGAGACCACUGCCAUGACGAAUGCGGGCCCCUGGUGAAGGCGCCGUUUGACGGUUCGAUGCGAGCCUGGGAACACCAGGUCGAAAUCGUCCUCAAGGACAUCUACGCCUCGAUUCGCGACGAGCGAUUGCCCUUAUUCGGCGCCGAUCCGUCCAAGAACCUCGCGCCGAACCCGCAGAGUAGCCUGUCCGUCAUGGGAAUGUUGAAGCGAACGCCUAGCGUUCUGAGUAAGGCCCCGUCUGAGAGUCAGGCAUCUAUGCGUGGACGCAUAGCUGAAAAUGGCCGUGCCAAUUCUUCCAGAUGGAAUUCGAAGAGCAGGUCACGACCUCGUAUGGGCAAUCCGGGAUUCUCUUCGUCGAGAACAAGUUUCGAGGACGGAAAUUCAGUUUGGAGCCCUACCGUAUCAUCGGCCACGUGGAGCAAGCUCUCGCUGGGCCGAACGCAGACCUCGAUGUCUGUGGAUUCGCUCAGCUCGUCAUUCUGCGGAGGCGACUAUCAACAGUCCAUCGGAUUUGCCAACGCCCUUAGCCAGGCCGUCAUCCGUGAUGAUGAAUCCGGUCUCGGCAAGGAGCCGUCCAUCAUGAGCGACGAACUGAAGCCCGCUCACCUGCUCGAGGACGAGUCCCUCGAGCUCGCCGGCCCUCCCUGGGUAAAGGAGGGCAUGGUGAUUCAUAAGCACCACCUGGACGGUAUCGAGAAGAAGGCCAAGGACCGCCACUGGAACGAGGUUUUCGCCGUCAUCCAACGAGGCCAAAUGAGUAUAUUCUCCUUUGGCACUAACAAGUCGGCGGCACGCAAGAGCCGCGGCCGCCACGCGGCCAAGGGUCCCGCCAUCGUCGGAGGCGGCAACUGGCAGGAAAAUGCUACUAACCUAGGUACGUUCAGUCUCCGCCAGACCCUGGCAUCGACGCUGCCGCCACCCGGCUACUCGAGAGCUCGGCCUCAUGUCUGGGCCCUGAGUCUGCCAACGGGUGCGGUUCACCUGUUCCAGGUCGGGACCCCGGAGAUCAGCAAGGAGUUUGUCACUACGGCCAACUACUGGAGCGCUCGCCUGAGCACGCACCCGCUCGUGGGCGGUAUCAGCAACAUCGAAUACGGAUGGAGCGAUGCCAUCAUCAACAACGCUCUCGUCACGGCCAUCAAUGAACAAACGGUGGGCCCGUCGCCAGCACGCCAGCGGUCCAACUCCCGACCCGGAAGCAGCGCCGCCAACAACCGACCUAGCAUUUCAAGCUUCCGCUCCGGCUCUCUCGACCAUGGCCCUGGAGGACCAUACAGUUCCGCCAGCCGUGGUAACAAGCUUCCCGGCGACAGAAUCCACAUCGCCGACUGGGCGCCUCCGACACAGAGUAUGCGGCCCAGCAACCUGCCUGAGGAGGAGCAGCUCGACAGCCUCCUUGCCUACGUCAAGGGCAUCGAAGACGAGCUGCAGGUACAUAACCAGCUUCGCAGCCCGAUGCUACUUGCAUUUACGCCCCGCGGCAACAAUGCCGUCCGCGCCAUGGCCAACUGGGAGCGCAAGAGCGCCUACCUCCUGCGGGAGAUUGUCAAGUUCAGGACGUACGUCGACUGCCUGCAGCAGGCGGGCACGCGCAAGAACGAGAUCUACACAGAGAGAGAUCUGGCGCGCCGGGCGGCCAGAGGAGAACUGGACGAGGGAGAGAUUGAGUUUGACGCCGAACGAGACACAUCGAUCAGAGCGUAG